GAGAGAGAGAGAGAGAGAGAGAGAGAAAGAGAAAAAAAAAAGGAAGAAAUGAAUUACAAUUAUAAAAAGUUCUUUGAUAUUGUACAUUAUGUUUAGCAUUCACCGGACGCUUUAUACGAGGCAGAUAUUUUAACAGCAACUUCGGUAUCUAAUUUUAGAAAUCGUCACAUUAGUAAACCGCCUUCGAGAGAAUAUACAAGUACGACAAUCGUCGUGAUACAAAUUGAGGGAUCACUAACAAAUAAUAUCUAAAAAUGACUAUGGCAAAUCAUGGCAGUAUAUUUAUCAAUUUUUAUCGGCAAGCAUAUGAUACUGUAACGAUGGAACCAUUUAUAAGCCGUUUUAAAGAAUUUUCAUUAAAGGGAGAUAGACAAGGGAUGAUUAGUGUUAUAAUCGAAUUACCAUGUGUAUUGAAUACAAAAAUAACUAAGUCAUAUAAGGGUAAGAAUGAUCAGCAAGCGGCAUUGCUUUAUCAGAAAUCACUUGAUAUAAUGAAAGAAGGGAAAAAUAAAAUGGAUGAGGAAAGUAAAGCAUGUAAUAUUCUUACUGAAGCACUGUUUGCAGCCAGUGCAUGUAGUUUAAUAUUUAUGAAUGCUCUUUUAGAGCGCGCAAAGCAUUGGUAUAAAUUGGGAGCUUGGUUAAGGUGUCUUAAAGAUUGCGAAUGCAUGUUAGCACUUCCUUUGAGCUUUUAUGAUAAGGAUGCAGAAAAUAAAAAUAUUUACUUAGUAUAUAAAAAGGAAUGUUUUCAUCUUAAACAUGAGUGCUCUAGAAAGCUGGAAAUAACUAUUCGACGAAAAAAGAAAACACGUGGAAAUAGCAGUGCUAUGCAUUGUUCUUCUGCCGAAAUAACAACAGUAAAAAAUGUCGUAUCAACACCUACUGUGCAUGGAAAGUUAAACAGCAGUUUGAAAAGUUGUUCCGAUGCGGUAGCAUUUCAAUUUGACAAUAACAGAGGCAGGCAUCUUGUAGCAACCAGAGAUAUUUGCGCAGGAAGUAUUCUAAUCGUCGAUCAGCCCUUUUCCUCCAGCAUAGAUAAAGAGGCACUUGAUAGGAAUUGCUUGCAUUGUUACAGUUCCCUUAAAUUGGAAGACAAUGUUAGAAUUCCUUGCCGUAUGUGUCAAACAGUUUCUUAUUGCACAGAAACUUGUCGCAAAGAGUCAUGGGAGAUGUAUCAUAAAUAUGAAUGCAUGAUAUUAAAUCUUUUCUUAGAAGAAGGAUUUAAUCAAGGAAAAAAUAAAUUAUCCCAUCUUUUGUUGGCUUAUAGAACUACCUUGAUUGCAGUUUUAUAUCCAAACGAGAAAAAACAUAAUGAUACGGAAACAAAGCACAAACCAUCCAGUCUUAAUACAGAAUUUUUUAAGCAACAUCAGUCGAAAGAAAAACACACUGUUAUAUCAAAUACAAAUAAAAUAUAUGAUCCAUUAGAUUACACAACUGUUUUACAAUUAGAAACACAUUGUACGAAUGUAGAUCCUAAUGUAAAUGCUAUUCGCAGUAUAGAAGCAGUGUUUAUAGCCAAGUGUUUAUUUUUUUCCUUGGAUGAAAUUGGAAUUGAUUCAUUGGAUAAUGAAAAAUUCAUUGCUUUAGCGACGGCUACGUUGCAACAUUUGCAAGCUAUUAAUUGUAAUGCUUAUGAAAUUAUUGAAAACAUAUACAAUGGAAUAACGCACGUUUGGGAACCAAGAAAUGUAGGAUGUGCUAUUUACACCACAGUCAGUCUUACAAAUCAUAGUUGUUAUCCUAAUAUAGUUCGACAUUCUUAUCCAUCUGGAAAAGUUGUUGUAAGAGCAUUACGUUGCAUUGCCAAAGGUAAUGAGAUACUUGAUUGUUACGGUCCACAAUUUCUUAAUGAAGAAAAGUUGGCAAGGCGCGAGUAUUUGAGGAAAAAAUAUAAUUUUGUUUGCGAAUGCGAUGCUUGCAAAUAUAAUUGGCAAUUCCCAUUGCAAGAUACUCUUAAUUAUAAAUGCAAAACAUGUUUUAAAACUGGUUAUUCAUUUAACGAGAUAAAAAACAGCAUGCAUAAAAUUAAACAUUGUUCGCAAUGUAAUGAAAAAUUAGACUAUGGGAAAUUAAAUAAGCAACUUCGCAGAUCUAUCGAAAGGAGAGUAAAUGCAAUUUCUAAAAUGUAUCAAGGUUGCUAUAAAGAAGCAUUAAAUCAAUUAUUAGAUCAUAUAGACUUAGUUGAAAGAUUUUUGGAAGCACCUAACAUAGAGUCUAUCAAAACACAGCAAUGCCUCAUUCAAUGUUAUAAUUUCUUUGGUUGCAUUUCUAUAAAUUAAUAUAGAACUAAUUCUUGUAUGAUUUUUCUUUUUUUUUUUCUUUCUGUUUUUUUUUUUUUUUUUUUUUUUUA